GGGCUGGCAGUUGUGGGCUGUUGGUGAGUUGAGGACACAGAUCAGUGUAGCUGUCCUCAGCACUGAGCAUUGACUGUGAAGGAAGCUGGAUACACAGACUGCUGGGCUGCAAUUAACACAUCUUGGAGGCGUACUUUUCUUAUGACGUGUUACUUUCCCUUUCUGCUCGAUGAGAAAGUAUCUUCUGUUACCAAGAAGACCAGGACCUCUGCCAUCAAGUGUGCUAAAGAAGCCUUCUGGACCUAGACACUGCAUUACAAGAGAACAAGAUUCAUUUGGAUCCCGAAGAUGAAGAGCCUACUUAUCCUGGUGCUAAUUUCUUUCUGUUGGGCUGAACAUCAUUCCGGCAACUCUACCCUGUAUCAUGACAGAAUCAUUCUCAUCCACGAGAAUGGACCACGUCUGACUGUGGAGGUGGAGCAAACAAAAGUAGUUUCCCAUCGAGGUGGCAAUGCUACUCUGCCUUGCAAAUUUGUACACGACUCAGUAUCUGCUGGAACAGCAACUCAUAAAAUCCGAAUCAAGUGGACCAAACUAACUUCAGAUUACCUCAAGGAGGUGGAUGUCUUCGUUUCGAUGGGGCACCACAGAAGGAGCUAUGGCAGCUACCAGGGCAGGGUUUACCUACAGAGAGCAAGUGACAAUGAUGCUUCUCUGGUAAUCACAGAUAUAACACUGGAAGACUAUGGCAGAUACAAAUGUGAAGUCAUUGAAGGACUAGAGGAUGAUACCGCUGUUGUAUCCUUAGAUUUACAAGGUGUUGUUUUCCCAUUCUUUCCACGAAUUGGUCGCUACAACCUGAACUUUCUUGAAGCCCAACAAGCCUGCCAAGAUCAGGAUUCUAUCAUUGCCUCUUUUGACCAACUAUAUGAUGCCUGGAGGUUAGGGCUGGAUUGGUGUAAUGCAGGCUGGCUAAGUGAUGGAUCUGUACAAUAUCCUAUAACCAACCCACGAGAACCCUGUGGAGGCAAAAACACUGUUCCUGGAGUUCGGAACUAUGGAUACAGGGACAAGGAUAAAGGCAGAUAUGAUGUUUUCUGUUUUACCUCAAACUUUAAAGGUCGUUUUUACUACCUAAUACACCCAACAAAAUUGACGUAUGAUGAAGCUGUGCAGGCCUGCAUCAAUGACGGGUCACAGAUCGCCAAAGUGGGUCAAAUGUAUGCAGCAUGGAAGCUUCUUAACUACGAUCGAUGCGAUGGUGGAUGGUUGGCCGAUGGCAGUGUUCGUUACCCAAUUUCCCGACCAAGAAGACGCUGCAGUCCCGACGAGGCGGCUGUUCGCUUUGUUGGUUUUCCAGACAAAAAGCACAAGCUUUACGGUGUUUACUGCUAUAAAGAACAACAGUAUUAAGUAACCGAUAAGAACAUGUGAAAGAUUUAUUUUCAAUAUGAACUCAUGCAAGCUACAAAAAACUGUGAUACAACUUUUUACUUACUGUACAAAUUAUUGUCAUAAACCCGAGUCAUUUUUUUUAGUUUCCUUUUUAUAAAUCACCAAAAACAGAACAUCACUUUAACAAUUUGCUCUAAUUAAUUCUUAAUUAGUAUAUAAUGGUUAGGCUAUACAAUUGCACCAAAUAUAUCUGUUAUUUUAUUGAACGGGCAUGCCAUAGCUUGAUGAUAACUAAGUCUUAAUUGAGGAAUGUAAGGUUACUCAAAAAUAUAAGCAUUUAAAGCACAUUUUUUUUUAAUAGUUUAUAUAUGGAUAUUUAAAAUGCACUAUCAGGAAAAAAAAAAGAUCAGCAGGUUUGAAUUAUAUAUUGCUGGUGCUCAAGUUCUUGUUUUGCAGAUAGAAGGAAAAGUUAGCUUAGAAAAUUAGCAAUUAAACUAUAUUUGCUUAGAACCUCUGCUUCUUAGUGCGUAUUAUUUAAUAUAAAAAAAAACAAAAAAAAAAUAAAAAUAAAAAUAUAACUGAUUCAUGUUGUAACAAGCACAGCAAGAAUAUCUUGUCAACAUUUAAACUGUAUUUUUAUUGUACAUGAAAUAUUGAUGAAUGUUUGAAUUAUUAAAGAAUGAACCCCUACCUUCUUUUUAAUUCAGAUAAAUAAUGCCUGAGAAGCAUAGAGUUACAGGCACCUUUGAGUCGCUUUGUUUGGUUAUUUAACGGUUUCACUGCCAAUAAAAAGUGCAACACAAUGACCCUUGGCAUUCAGAAGGUGAAGCAGAGUCUGUUUGAUAAGAUGUAUUCAACUUCGACUCAGGGCAGUUAUAGAGGUGAACUGCUGGACAGAACAAACACAUAAAAAUAUAUCAAAUUUAUUAUAUGUUAGCUUUUAGAGAGUUAUUGUGUCUUUAUGAAGAACUAUUUAAUGUCAUUCCUAACUACAAGUAAAAAAAAAAAAAAAAAAAUGUCAAUUGAUAAGCUUAA